CCUCCCUCGGCUCCCUCUUCUCUUCUCCUCCCCUCCCUCGCCUUUGACUCCGUAACUUCGCCGCUCCUUCAGUUCCGCAAGGCCUACGCCUUCCCCAAUCCCGUCUCUCUACUGCCCCGUCGCGCCAAUUGCAUGGCGUGCGGGCACAUCCGAUGAUGCGCCCCAAGCCGGCGUCUUCGCUGCAGAAGACCUAUGACGACUGCUAUCUGAUGUGCUCCACCGCCGUUUAUUUCGAGGGACAGAACAACGAGCAAGAGGCCUUGAAGUCUUGGCGAUCGGCGCUCGAGACGAUCUACUAUCACAACGCUUAUCGAGUCUCCUCCAAGUACUCUCCCAAGAACGAAACCGAAAAAGCCCUCCAGGAAUCGAUCCGCCAGCUAGAGCUCCAAUGUCGGGAGCGAGUCGAUCUCCUCGAAGCCCUGCGCCAGAGUCGAAAAGAUCCUUCGGGGAAGUCGCCCUCGUCCACAACUCCCGGUUGGAUUGGAGAGGGAACCGUCCCCGCGGUCGGAUAUACCGAUCUCUCUAAACCGCCCACCAUCCCCGGUCGCUUUGCUCCUUUGCCUGCUGCAACCACCCCGAGCUCCGAACCGAGUCGCAACGAUUCCUCCGCUUUCAGACCCAACCCUCCGGUCAUGCGCAAAUCGUAUUCUUCUUCCGGGAAGACCGAUUCUUCCCGGACUUCGAGCCCCGAGCGACGGAAGGCGAUGCCGUCGACGCUGCGCUCGACCGAGAUCAAAAAGCCUGCCAAGAAGAAAUUGAGUCCUCGACGGAAGGACUUGCGGCCAGCUGCAGCAUCUCAAGCCGCGGGCCUGGCAUGGGGCAGCUUGUAUAUGUCUCCUCCGCCGGACAAGACCGCCAGCGAGGCGGCCGCGGCCUCUUCGCGUCGCAUCGCUGCGGGGGAGUCUAGUUCUCGAAAAGAUUCGGAUACGCCUCGACUUACCCCCGGGGAGGAAAGUCCUUCGAAAUCAAUCGGUCGCACAGACGAACCGGGAGAAGAACGCCGCACCGUGCGGAAGACCCGCGCGCCGGAUCAGGCAGCACGACGGUCGCCCGCGAAAACGCCCGCAACUUCAACGCCCCGGCCUACACAUCGUUCUCCGGCUCAAAGCCAGCAACAUUUUACUGCUCGUACCCAAUCCGCUGCACGCCCAGUGGAUUCGAGGAGCUCGCCUUUCCCGUCGCAAUCGUCGCCAAAGCCUUCGAUUAAGCCCAAGCCGGUGGCAUUGAGGUCGAAUAUUCCUCCGCCGAGCCCUGGAAGAUCCCCCCGUGCAGCGGAUUCCUUGGACCAGCCACCGCCUAGAUCUACAUCGCGACCACAUGGAGUUCCUACGGCACGGAACGAUGCAUUGAGCCAGAGCGUGGAUCGCAUGGCAAUAUCCACCGGUAGCCCGAGUCGGCGCCCUCUACCUGCCAAACGCGCCAUCACGCCGCCCUCCAGUGACCCAGAUUCCACGGAUCCAAAAUCGAUCGACAUGGAUGAGGAAGACGCCGAAGAAGAGGAUGAAGAUGACGCUUUCAUGGAUAUUUUGAACAAGCUGCCGAAAGGCGUGGAGAUGAUGACCGCCAAACAGAUCCUUAACGAUAUUGUGGUCCGCGGCGACGAAGUCCACUGGGACGACAUUGCCGGCUUAGAUGGGGCCAAAAAGGCCCUCAAGGAGGCCGUUGUCUACCCGUUCCUCCGACCGGAUCUUUUUUCCGGACUGCGGGAACCGGCGCGAGGCAUGCUCCUUUUCGGCCCUCCGGGCACUGGAAAGACCAUGCUCGCCCGCGCAGUUGCGACAGAGUCCCAUUCGACCUUCUUCUCCGUUUCGGCGUCGACGUUGACCUCCAAGUGGCACGGAGAGAGCGAAAAGCUUGUUCGAGCGUUGUUUGCCCUCGCCAAAGCGCUGGCGCCAUCCAUCAUCUUCGUCGACGAGAUCGAUUCGUUAUUAUCUGCUCGUUCAUCCGGUACCGAAAAUGAAGCCUCGCGCCGAUCCAAGACCGAAUUCCUCAUCCAAUGGUCCGAUCUGCAGCGCGCAGCCGCCGGUCGUGAACAGCCCGGCAAAGACAAAAAGUCCGCCGGCGACGCCAGCCGGGUGCUCGUUCUCGCCGCCACUAACAUGCCGUGGGACAUUGAUGAGGCAGCGCGUCGUCGCUUCGUCCGCCGUCAAUACAUCCCUCUGCCGGAGCAUAGCGUGCGGGAGCAACAACUCCGCACCCUCCUAGGCCAUCAAGUCCACGACCUUACGGACUCCGACAUCGAAGCCUUGGUGCAAUCUACAGAAGGUUUCUCCGGGUCCGAUAUCACCGCCCUCGCCAAAGACGCCGCCAUGGGCCCCCUUCGCAACCUCGGCGAAGCCCUCCUCCACACCCCCAUGGAUCAAAUCCGACCCAUCCGGUCCCAGGACUUCCACGCUAGUCUAUCUUCCAUCCGUCCCAGCGUGAGCCGCGAAGGGCUCAAGGAAUAUGAAAACUGGGCUAGACAGUUCGGUGAACGCGGUGGGUAGACCAUUGUUUAACUUUUCCCUUAUUCUCUCUCCCUCCUCAUCUCUACCAUUUUCUUUUGUUUUUCUGGGGAGAUUUUUGUUUCUAGCUACAUUUAUGGAUAGGCGAAUUGGACGGCCUGGUAUGGCAUGGUAUGGGUACGGUAUAUCCCGGUCUGGUUAGGUUGGAUUGGGUUGGGAUGGGACGCAUUCAUUCGGUUUCCUUGUUCAUGUUUACCUGUUAAGGAUAUGGUCUGGCCGGUCGUUUGCUUCUUUCCUGGGUUACGUUGUUUCAUGUACAGGUAAAUGGAAUUGUAUGUAGUAUAUGGAUGAAUGCAUGAAUGGAUGGAUUCCGG